AUGAGGGGUUACCAUGGCGACCGAGGCAGCCAUCCCCGCCCAGCCCGCUUUGCUGACCAGCAGCAUAUGGACGUGGGCCCAGCUGCCAGGGCCCCGUACCUGCUGGGCUCCAGGGAGGCCUUCUCCACCGAGCCCCGCUUCUGUGCUCCAAGAGCUGGCCUGGGACACCUUUCUCCAGAAGGGCCCCUGAGCCUGAGUGAGGGCCCAUCAUCUGUAGGUCCUGAGGGAGGCCCAGGGGGGGUGGGGCCUGGGGGAGGCAGCAGUACCUUCCCCAGGAUGUACCCCGGCCAGGGCCCCUUCGACACCUGUGAAGACUGUGUGGGCCACCCACAGGGCAAGGGUGCCACCCGCCUGCCUCCCACACUCCUGGAUCAGUUUGAAAAGCAGUUACCAGUUCAACAAGAUGGCUUCCACACACUCCCAUACCAGCGAGGUCCAGCAGGGCCUGGGCCUGGACCUGGAUCUGGCCCUGCCCCUGAGGCUCGCAGCGAGAGUCCUAGCCGCAUCCGGCACCUGGUUCACUCUGUGCAGAAGCUCUUUGCCAAGUCCCACUCUCUGGAGGCACCCGGGAAGCGAGACUACAAUGGGCCCAAGGCCGAGGGAAGAGGUGGCUCUGGGGGAGACAGCUACCCUGGCCCAGGCUCUGGAGGUCCUCACACCUCUCACCACCACCAUCACCACCACCAUCACCAUCACCACCAGUCCCGGCAUGGCAAACGGAGCAAGAGCAAGGACCGCAAGGGGGAUGGGCGCCACCAGACCAAGGCCACAGGCUGGUGGAGCUCUGAUGACAAUUUGGACAGUGACAGUGGCUUUCUGGCGGGUGGGAGGCCCCCUGGAGAGCCUGGGGGUCCCUUCUGCCUGGACGCUCCAGACGGGUCCUACCGGGACUUGAGCUUCAAGGGCCGUUCGGGCGGGUCAGAAGGCCGCUGCCUUGCAUGCACUGGCAUGUCCAUGUCACUGGAUGGACAGUCGGUCAAGCGAAGUGCCUGGCAUACCAUGAUGGUCAACCAGGGCCGGGACGGAUACCCAGGGGCCGGGCCAGGCAAGGGGCUCCUGGGUCCAGAGACCAAGGCCAAAGCCAGGACUUAUCACUAUCUGCAGGUGCCGCAAGAUGACUGGGGGGGUUACCCCACGGGUGGCAAGGAUGGGGAGAUCCCCUGUCGCAGGAUGCGGAGCGGCAGCUAUAUCAAAGCCAUGGGGGAUGAGGAGAGCGGAGACUCAGACGGUAGCCCCAAGACAUCUCCCAAAGCACUCGCCCGACGCUUUGCCUCCCGCCGCUCUUCCAGCGUGGACACAGCCAGGAUCAACUGCUGUGUCCCACCCCGGAUCCAUCCCCGGAGUUCCAUCCCUGGCUACAGCCGUUCCCUCACCACUGGACAGCUCAGCGAGGAGUUCAACCAGCAGCUGGAGGCCGUGUGCGGGUCCGUGUUUGGGGAGCUUGAGUCCCAGGCCGUGGACGCCCUGGACCUGCCCGGCUGUUUCCGCAUGCGGAGCCACAGCUACCUCCGGGCCAUCCAGGCCGGCUGCUCUCAAGACGACGACUGCCUACCCCUCCUUGCUGCCCCUGCCUCUGUCUCAGGGAGGCCCGGCUCCUCCUUCAACUUCAGAAAGGCCCCGCCCCCCAUCCCGACGGGAAGCCAGGCCCCACCCCGCAUCUCCAUCACCGCCCAGAGCAGCACUGACUCUGCCCAUGAGAGCUUCACUGCAGCAGAGGGCCCAGCCCGGCGCUGUAGCUCCGCGGACGGUCUGGACGGCCCGGCCAUGGGCGCACGCACCCUCGAGUUGGCGCCGGUGCCACCCCGGGCCAGCCCCAAGCCCCCCACACUCAUCAUCAAGACUAUCCCCGGCCGGGAGGAGCUGAGGAGCCUGGCGCGGCAGCGGAAGUGGCGGCCGUCCAUUGGGGUGCAGGUGGAGACAAUCUCAGACUCGGACACCGAGAACAGGAGCCGAAGAGAGUUCCACUCCAUUGGCGUUCAGGUGGAAGAGGACAAAAGGCGGGCAAGGUUCAAGCGCUCCAACAGCGUGACCGCCGGUGUGCAGGCAGACCUGGAGCUGGAGGGCUUGGCUGGCCUGGCCACUGUGGCCACAGAAGACAAGGCCCUGCAGUUCGGACGUUCCUUCCAGAGGCACGCCUCUGAGCCCCAGCCCGGACCCCGGGCCCCCACCUACUCAGUCUUCCGCACGGUCCACACGCAGGGCCAGUGGGCCUACCGCGAGGGCUACCCACUGCCGUACGAGCCGCCAGCCACUGAUGGGUCGCCUGGCCCUACCCCUAUCCCCGCCUCUGGUCCCGGGUCCGGCCGCCGAGAUUCUUGGAUGGAGCGCGGUUCACGUAGCCUCCCCGACUCAGGCCGCACGUCCCCCUGCCCACGGGACGGCGAGUGGUUCAUCAAGAUGCUGCGGGCAGAGGUGGAGAAACUGGAACAUUGGUGCCAGCAGAUGGAGCGUGAGGCGGAGGACUAUGAGCUUCCGGAGGAGAUCCUGGAGAAGAUUCGCAGUGCUGUGGGCAGUACACAGCUUCUCCUGUCUCAGAAGGUCCAGCAGUUCUUCAGGCUGUGUCAGCAAAGCUUGGACCCCACUGCGUUCCCUGUGCCCACCUUCCAGGAUCUGGCGGGUUUCUGGGACCUCCUGCAGCUCUCCAUUGAAGAUGUGACCCUCAAGUUCCUGGAGCUACAACAACUCAAGGCCAACAGCUGGAAACUCCUGGAGCCUAAGGAGGAGAAGAAGGUCCCUCCGCCCAUACCAAAGAAGCCCUCGCGGGGGCGGGGCGUGCCGGUGAAGGAGCGCUCCCUGGACUCCGUGGACCGGCAGCGGCAGGAAGCGCGCAAGCGGCUCCUGGCGGCCAAGCGCGCCGCCUCGUUCCGCCACAGUUCGGCUACCGAGAGCGCGGACAGCAUCGAGAUCUACAUCCCCGAGGCCCAGACCAGGCUGUGA